UUUUCAGUGUUUCAAGAUGUCCAUGUUAUGAUGUUCAUUGGUUUUGGAUUCUUAAUGACCUUCCUGAAGCGUUAUGGAUUUAGUGCUGUUGGUAUAAAUAUGUUGGUGGCAGCUUUUUGUCUACAAUGGGCCACCAUAGUUCGUGGUAUUAUCCAUGGUGAUGUGUUAAGUGGUGGAACAUUUAAAGUCCAUGUUGGCGAGUAA